AUGGGACCAAUCCCUCCAUCCUUCAAGAACGAGUACAUCCUCGUCGCCGUUGACUAUAUCUCCAAGUGGGUAGAAUCAGUGGCGAGUCCCAUUAAUGAUGCAAAAGUGUUGACCACGAUGUUCAGCUCCAUCAUCUUUCCGAGAUUUGGGGUGCCUAGAGUGGUCAUUAGCAAUGGCGGAACACACUUUAUCAACAAGGCAUUUCAGGGUCUGUUGAAGAAGCAUGGGUCAUUUAAGCUGGAGGAUGCUCUCUGGGCCUACAGAACAGCCUACAAAACGCCGCUAGGGACCACUCUCUAUCACCUGGUCUACGGUAAGGCUUGUCACCUUCCUGUCAAACUCGAAUACAAGGCUGCAUGGACGGUCAAGUUACUGAAUUUCGACAUCAAGCCAGCAACUGAGAGGCGCAUGAUCCAAGUCCAUCAGCUGGAAAAGAUAAGGCACCUUGCCUAUGAGAGCUCCAAAAUUUAUAAGGAGAAGACCAAGACCUACCAUGACAAGCGAAUCAUUGCCAGACGUUUCGAACCAAACGAUAAGGUUUUGCUCUUCAACUCCAGACUUAGGCUGUUCCCAGGCAAGCUGAAAUCUAGAUGGUCCGGACCCUUCACCGUCAAGGAAGUUCGACCUUACGGAGCUGUUGUGUUGCUGGAUAGAAAGGGAGACGAGUUCGUCGUCAAUGGUCAGCGCAUAAAACAUUACCUUGCUGACUCCACUAUCGCAGAGGGCGAAGAAAUUCUCCUAAGCGAUCCCCCAUCAGCCUGA